AGAAAUAGAAGAAGAGAAAUUAAACAUAAUUUUAAAAUUAAUUGAAAUUGAAAUAGUAGCUGUUAAGCGAUGGCCAGUCGUGAAGGGGGCAAGAAGAAGCCCUUAAAAGCCCCCAAAAAGGAGGCCAAAGAGAUGGACGAACAGGACUUGGCCUACAAGCAGAAGCAAAAGGAGCAGCAGAAGGCUCUCGAUGCAGCCAAACAAAAGGCAGCCCAGAAGGGCGGCAAGAAGGCAUCUAAAUAGCAUAUAUCAUCCACACGCAGGAUAUUCGAUGUCCUGUUCUGCAAUAAAAUUGAGUUGGCUUACGUUUUGCCCAGUUGAAUGAUGAUUAAUUGCUUCUAUUACUGUGCUGAGGUCGGGGUUGCUCGCUUAAAAAACCAUCACAAAAAUGUGACAGCCCAAAGGCCACACAAAAAACCUUUGCUGGACACGGGCAUUGGCGAGCGCAACAAAUGCGGCAAAUACGCAUUUGAUGCGUUUUUUAUGUUAAUCGAGUGAGCUAAUGGACAUUGCGAACUGUCUGUCGUGCUGAUGUCCUGCUGUCCCGAUGUCCUCAUGUCAGAGUGGGACAUGUGUGUGUCAAUUUAUUGUAUUAAUCAAACGCUAAAGCGAUUUGUAGUUGAUGAAGCCUUACACUAC